AUGGAUUCGAUUUGCAUACAAAAUCGACACAAAAAUGUUCUUCUAGUUACACUUGCAGCUCAAGGUCACGUAAACCCCAUCCUAAGGCUAGGCAACCUUCUUGUUUCUAAAGGCCUACAUGUCACUCUCGCCAUCAACCACUAUGCCCUCAAACACCGUUCCCCUACCACCAACACCACCACCGUUGGUGGCGGUGUCCACCUCGAGUUCUUCUCUGACGGCCUUCCUAUUGACUACAACCGAAAGGCCGAUAUAGAUUACUACUUGGAUUCACUAAGUAAGUUUGGACCUGUUAACCUCUUGGCCUUUAUUCGAUCUCACCCACGUAAAUUUGCAUGCAUCAUCAAUACACCUUUUGUGCCGUGGGCCGCUGACGUGGCGGCAACGGUUGGUGUUCCGACCGCCAUGCUAUGGAUCCAACCAUGCUCCCUGUACCAGAUAUAUUAUCGUUAUUACAAUAUGCUCGAUGAGUUCCCUACUGAAAGUAACCCGAAUUUGAGCGUGAAGUUGCCGGGGCUGCCGGUUUUUGGAGCGGAAGAGUUGCCGUCGUUUGUUCUUCCGACGAAUACGUUCCGUAGUUUCUACAAUAUAUUAAAAGAAUUGUUGACUAAUACCUGUAAGGUGAAGUGGGUGCUGGGGAAUUCGUUCAUGGAGCUCGAGAAAAAUGUCAUCAUGUCACUAAAUGAUGAUGGCCGUGUGUUUUUGCCCGUGGGACCAUUAGUUCCGGCUGCGCUUAUCGGUAAGGAAGAAGAAGUAGAUUUUGAUCUUUUCGGAAGUGACGUCAAGAGUAAUAAUUGUCUGGAAUGGCUAAAUAUACAAAAACCCUCUUCGGUUGUUUAUAUCUCAUUUGGUAGUAUCCUCAAUUUGUCGAAUAAAGAAAUAGAGAGCAUAGCGGUUGGUCUGAAGAAUAUUAAACGGCCGUUUCUCUGGGUGAUCAGGCCGCCGGAAAAUCAAGAACUGCCGGAAUUAGGGUGUUUGGAAGAGAUCAAGGAACAAGGGUUGAUUGUGACGUGGAGCCCACAAACGGUUGUGUUGUCACAUCAGUCGGUUGGGUGUUUCCUGAGUCACUGUGGGUGGAACUCGUUGCUGGAAAGUCUAGCUGCCGGAGUGCCUGUCAUUGCAUGUCCGCAGUGGACUGAUCAGCCUACAAACUGUAAACUCGUGACUGAUGUUUGGGGUGUUGGCGUGAAGGUCAAGAAGAGUUCAGAAGGUCUUGUUAAAGGGGAGGAACUGGGAAGAUGCGUGGAAGAGAUUAUGAGUGGGCCGAAAUCGAAAGAGUUCAAGAAGAAUGCGGCGGAGUUGAAAACGGCGGCGCGUGAGGCUUUGGCAGACGGUGGUUCCUCAGACAAGAAUAUUCAGAUGUUUGUAAACGAAAUGAUUUCUUCAUCGAUUUUCAAACCAAAAUAA